AUGAAAGUAGUUCCCUACAAUGUGCUGCUACCCGGGUUCAAAAUAAAAACCGGGUACGAGAUUUUAGCUGCACUGGAGAAAUACUUUAGCGUCCCAAGGGAAAACCACGACCACGAAUCAUUGUUGAGAUCCAACCCAGACGAAGGUCUGGAAAUAAAAAAGGCAACAAGCAAAAAAGAGCUGCUCAAAAAGAUUCAAGGAAGGCAGAAGCCCAAGUGCAGUGGUGAUGGUCCGACUAAGAUUAAGGGUCCCGGGAUACAAAGGGACCCAGUGUUCCAUGUAAGGCCGCUGCCGGAGCCCCCCUUCGACAUGUGGUGGCCCCUAGUGCCGGGCCUGCAGGUUCCAGAGGAAGACUCCAUCGAGGUGAUAGGCAACAUGAACAAGCCUUGGCCCAGGGACCCCGAGGAAGAGGCUAAAUGGGACAAAAUUCCUUUGCCGACCCAGAAGGACAUACACGAACAGUUCCAGGGAAAACGAAGGGUCGUCGAAAUGCCAGGACCAAGAGAAUUUCAGCCAGGGGAAGUGGAGGAAUUAAUGCGAACAAGAACAACUUUGGCGGACCUAAAACACUAUGAGGAGACUGGGGAAUUAAUUGUCCGGGAAUAGACCGUCGGGAGGAUUCAGGUACAGAAAACACAUCAUUGUGCACCGGCACUUUACUGCA